AUGGCUUCUAUACUACCAAUUUUUCUUGUGAUCAUUGUUCUUGCAGCUUCAACAAACGCGUCGAGCAAUCCCAGGAAGCUCGACGAAAGCACGGUACCAGUAGGCGAUCCGAACGGGGAAAUUAAGUGCGGGGGGUGUCCGGUUUGUAAUGUCCCGUGCACUCAAAGUCCUCCAUCUCCACCACCACCGUCACCACCUCCACCGCCUAAAAAACCACCAACCCCGAGCUUGCCGGGGUUCAAUUGCCCUCCUCCGCCGUCGUAUAUUUACAUAACAGGCCCGCCGGGGAAUUUAUAUCCAGUUGAUCCGUAUUUUUCGGGGGCUAGCCGGGGUUUGCUGGUGAGGCUACCAGUUUUACUGAUAUGUGGAUUGUUGAGCUUGGUGGCCUUUUUGUAA